GAGUAAAAAUGAUUGUCAUUUGUUAAUUUUCGGCUAGAAAUUUAAACAUUCGAACUAAAGCCGCGUUAUUACACAAAAUGGCGCUAAAUGGAUAGUCAUCUGAACAAUCACUAUCGAAGUAUCUUCGAGUGUCGCUACUGGUUGAUUAAUAAAUGGUGGCAUGAUAAUGUGUAAUGUCGGAUUUAGCCGAUCUUAUGUGUGUCACUUAUAAAAAUCUUUACUUUAAUGAUGAUGCAUUAAUAUUAAUUAACAACGAUAUGUAAAAAAAAUGAACUGUUUUCAAACAACAUUACUAACUUGAUGUUUUUAAUAUAAAAGUUUUUUGAACAUAUAAAUUGACUGUCUAUGUGACGUUGACUUUGACGUUUACAAGUGUUAUCUGUUAGUUCCGUGUAGUGUUUAGGUUAAUACAUCAUGUUUGCGAGUUUGAAGAAUAAAAUACGUGAAGAAAUUGGUAGCGAUGUAUCAACUGUAGUUCGAAACGCUGCAAAUAUCCGCAGUAUAAGUUCUAGACAUAUUUCACAGACAGGAUCUACUAGUAGUAUUAGUGAGUCUCAAACUUCAUUGGAUGGAUCUCGUGAAGAACAUGUAGCUUCUUCUUCGUCGCCAAUAUCAAUGAAACAAGAAAAUAAUUUUGCUCUGAAACUUAAUGAUAGUAUACACUUAAAAGAUAUUAAAAAUCUUGAAAAUCAAGAGGAAGAAUGGCAAAAAUUGAUAACCAAAAAGGAAAUGGAGUUACAAAAGAAAAUAGAUAAAAUCAAUGAAGAAUGGAAGAUUAAGUUUACCGAAAAAGAAAAAGAAUGGAAGAAAGUAGCAGAGAAGCAAGAAAAAGAAAAAAUCAAAUUAGAAACGGAAUUACAAACUACAGAAAGUUCAAAGAGAUCAUUAGAGUUGGCACUUAAAGAUGCAGAAGAAUAUAAAAAAAAAUUAUAUAACUUUCAAGAAGAUGCAGAACAACUAGAAAGUUUUCAAACGCAAGAAAUGGCUAAGAUCAAACAUCUUCUUCUAUCAAAAGAACAAGAAGUGGAAGAAAAAUCACAGCAUUUAAAAGUUGCCUUAGCAGAAAUUGAAAGCCUAAAAUCUGAAGUUUCCCGUCUUAGACGAUACGAAGAUGAAUUAAAUAAUGUACAGGAUGAAAUGGAAACACUGCGCCAUUCAACGCAACGUGAAAGAGCUCAGUUAUCAUGUCAACUAGCACAAACAGAAGAAGAAGUCCGUCAUCUGAAGGAUAAAGUUUUUGUAUUGGAACAAAGAGGUGCUUCGGAUACAAAUGAUCAAAUGACAAACGAUGAACGAGUAGCUGAUCUUAUGAGAGAGCGAACUCUUUUAGAGAGAAAAUUAGAGGAAGCUCACCUUCAUCUCUCUGAUAUAAAAACUAGUUGGUCUGGAAAAAUUUCAAGUUUGGAAACACAAGUUGGAAGGCUCAGUAGGCAAGCAGGAGAAGAAGGACUAGAAAGAAGACGUGUAGAAGAAGAGAAAGAAAAAUUGAAGCAGAGGAUUAAACAACUAGAAGCUGAAAUAGAGGAAACAUCCUCAAAUGAAACCAAUCAAUUGAAAUCAGAAUUAGAAGAGACUAUGGCAAAGCUUUUAGCUGCUACAUCAGAAUUAACAUAUUUACGAUCAUCUAAUGAAGAUGUACAAUCAAACAUUUCUUCUUUACAUGUAGAAAUAAACCAGUUAAAGGAAAAUCUAGAGAUAGAGAAAACAACAACUGCAAAAUUGCAAGAAUGCAUAGAGAAAGAAAGAAAUGAAAAAGAUACUGCGUUGCUAAGAAGUGCUCAAUUUUCCCAAGAUAUUGAAAUUAUUAAGCAAGAACAGAGAUUACAAGAAGUUGAAAACCACGAAUUACAAAAUAAAAUAGAAAAUUUAGAAGUUAGUUUUAAAUCUCAAAAUGAAGAAUUAGAAAAGGUUAUUACAAUAUUGAAAAAAUCUAAACAAAGAAUCACAGAAUUAGAAGAGAUAGAACGUAGUAAGGAGAAGAUGGAAGGGAAUGAAAAAAUACUGAAGAGUAGCUUAUUGGAUUUAGAAGAACAAUUAAAUGAGAAAACAAAGACAAUCAAAGUCUUACAACAACGUUUAACAGAUAUGAAAAAAACUCUACAACGGGAAUUAAGAGUUCCUUCUGCAUCAUUGGAUAAUGAUGCUGAACCGUCCACUGCUAUUUUAAAUCCAAGUUCAUCCAAAACAGUCACUGCCAAACAUGCCAAUUUAAAAGAUGAUGUUAACUUUAAAUAUUUAAAACAUGUUCUCAUUAAAUUUCUUACUAGUAGAGAAUAUGAGGCUCUUCAUUUAACAAAAGCAGUUGCUACGUUACUACAUUUUUCGCCAGAAGAAGAACGUUUACUUCAACAAACAUUGGAAUGGAAAAUGUCAUGGUUUGGUACAAGACCUAAUUUGGGUUUUGGACAAACUGCCAAAGCUAUACCACCCAGCUGAUAGCAAUCGACAUUCCACUUUUAUAUUAUUUAAAAAUAUAUGGUCUAACUCUAAAUAAACACCAAGGAUUAUUUGAGAAAUGACUUCAGAAUUAAAUAAAUCUCUGAAAAAUGAAUAUGAAUCAACCCAGAAAAUAUAGUAGUUGUAUAAACUUUGUAAUAUAUUCACAGUUUAUAAUAUAUCUAUAAAUUGUUUGCAAAAGCAUAGUGUACAAAUGAAUAAAGUAGUUAGGGAUUAUAUACUAUAAACCCUAAUGUAAAAUAUUAA